UCAUUUUCAGACUAUAGUGAGUUGUGUUGUUUGCUCCAACACAAAUUAUCAUUCAAGCUACAUAAUACAUAGUGUUUAGUAUCUCAAAUUCUUUACUAUUUUAAAAAAAAUAUAAAAAAGUACAAAUAGUUAAAAUGUCGAUUCAAGUAGAAAAACUAAGAGAAGAUAUUACCAAAGCAUUGGAGGACAAAAACAAGCCAUGGUAUAAUGCUUUUGAUUACGUCGAGAAAAAUACUGGUGUGCCUAAAUUAUACGCGUUCUUAGGAGCACUUGGAUUAACCGCAUUAUACUUGGUAUUUGGUUAUGGAGCUGAACUGCUAUGUAAUAUUAUUGGAGUUGCGUAUCCGGCUUAUAUUUCAAUUCACGCCAUCGAAACAGCCACAAAAAUUGAUGAUACUCAAUGGUUAACUUACUGGGUUACUUACGCCGUCCUUUCGUUAAUAGAAUAUUUUUCUGUUUUUAUUACCUCAAUAAUUCCACUAUAUUGGCUUUUAAAAUGCAUAUUUUUAGUAUGGUGCAUGUUGCCCAUCAAAAACAACGGAUCAGUUGUUCUUUAUAACAAGGUUAUUCGGCCGUAUUUCUUAAAACAUCACAAAGCUGCAGACAAAAUUCUUGAAAAUAUUGCCGAAAAAACCAAAGACACUAUAAGUGGUGUUUUUGAUAAAAACAAUUAGGUUUUACAAUCAAAUUUUUGAUUAGUAAAUAAAGACAUCUGAAGGAAGUAGCAUUUAUAAAACACAAAGGAAAAAAUAAGUUUAAAUUAGGUGAUUGGCAAUACAAUCUUAGUUUAUCAGACUAGCAUAAAAUCCUUUUAUUACUUUUUUUAAAUUAAAAUUUUGUGAAUUGAGAUUUUAAAUUUAGAACCAUUUGUGCUUUGACGAUCUUAAAACAAAACAAAAUUUUGUAAAAAUUUCUUUUUCCAUAACAAAAUGUUGAAUAUUGUUGCGCACUGAUUAUUAAAUUUUAUGAAAUGGGAACGAAAUAAUAGUAUGUACUUCAUUUUUAAACAUUCUAUAGAAUGUUACUUUAUAUUAUAAAAUAGUAAUUUUGACUUUUAAAAUUAAAGAUCUUAGAUAUUUUUAUCGUGUAAAAAGAAAUUUAAGUGGCUUGAAUUAUUUAUCUUUGAAAUAAAUAUUUAAAGUAUUGAUAAAAAA